AUGCCCGGCACGCAUCUCCUUCCUCCAAAUCUUCUCAAGCUCUUUGCCCCACGUCCUCCGCUUCCCUACGCUCGACCAGUCGGCAAGGACAUUGACCGCAUAACCAACAAAAAUGUCGAUGGUGUCGGCUCUAUUUUAGCUCAGCUGAAAGAGGCUUCAACAGCAGGUCUCCUCAAUGGCGAAGGCGAUGGUAUGGAAGAGGGCGAAGAGCCUGCAUUCACUCAUGCAGAAGAAACUAAACGGCAAAUCCGGAGAGAAGAAAGGAAGCGAAGGAAAGUGGAAGAAUUCAAAAUAGCGAAGGAAACUUAUAAACCUUCCGAUGAUCCUGAAGCUAUAGGAGACCCUUACAAGACGCUCUUUAUCUCUCGCUUGCAUAAAGGCGCAAGUGAAAUGGAACUUCGUCGAGACUUCGAAAGCUUCGGAACUAUCGAGCGAGUCAGAAUUGUACGAGAUUCCAAGGGGCGCAGCAGAGGCUAUGCUUUCAUCGUCUACGAACGAGAGCGCGAUAUGAAAGCUGCGUACAAGGAAUCAGAUGGCUUGCACAUCAAUGGCAAGCGAAUUUUAGUCGAUGUCGAACGCGGCCGGACAGUACGUGGUUGGAAGCCUCGUCGUCUGGGUGGAGGACUUGGUGGUCGCCCAAAGCCUGUAGAAGCACCUCCUGUUAUAACCCCAAAACCAGCCAGAGGAGGCUUUGGCGGCGGCGGAGGAGGAGGAGGCGGUGGUGGUAGAGGUUUCGGUGACCGAGGCGGCGGUGGCUUCCGAGGUGGUAGGGGCGGCUUCAGGGGCGGUGGUUUUGGCGGCGAUCGAGGCGGCUUUCGUGGCGGCUUUGGAGGUGGAGGAGGCUUCCGAGGGGGGCGAGAUGACUCUGGUGGAGGAUUCAGGGGACGUGGAGGAGGUAUUGGGUAUCAAGGUGGUGGUUUCAACGAAGGCCCCACGAAUGGGUACGGUCCUCCUAAUGGACCAAGUGGUUAUGGAGGUCCGGGCAUGGGACCAGGUGGGGGGCCAGGUGGAGGCCCCCCUGGAUAUGCCCCCCCUGGCCCUGGUGGUGGGUAUGGAGGUGGGUAUCGGGGAGAUUUAAAACGAGAAGGACCUGGUGGGUAUGAUGACAGAGACUCAAAACGACCGCGGUACUAGGGUGCGGUUGCUCCAUUCUACUCUAUUGUCCGGCUAUUUUGGCUCCAUGUUAGGUGGGGUUUGUAAGUGCAUGGUGUUUUGUUUGUUUUCAUUUUCGCUGCUGCAUAUGCGUAAGUAUUACCAUGAAUGAUGUAGACGGGGAAAGGACAUAGCAAGGCAAGUGUAAGUAUGACUUUGAUUUCAAAUAUUUGCUUUGCAGCACCAUAGGUCCUAGGACUGGUCGCCUGCUCAAUUCCUGAAGUUACUUGCCCUAUCUACAAUAAUGGAGCGUGAACGAUAGCGUAUCCAACGAGAGGAAUACAUUAAUGUAAGUUGGAAAGCCCUGAGAAGAAGGCGUUUUGAAAUGCCUGGCUGAAUGGUAGCUUUCUUGAAACUCUUGUGGCCUGACUGUCAUUACAGGUUGUAGAACAUGGCGUAGGCUAGAACUGUAUGUCUGCAUCUCUAAUUGAUGUACGUGUAGUGUGU